UGGUAGCCCAACAUAGGGGAACAAACGCAGUCAACUCUACAACACAUUCUACUUGCAGUAACAGACCACUGCAUCAAGAACAGAUCAUUAAUCCACGCCCGCGGGGAGUGGAAAUGACGACCUAAUGCUACAGUAAAGUGCACUGACCACGCAUACGUGAUUAUAGUGAACAACCCUUUUCCGCAUACAGGCGGAAGUUUACAGUUGGAUACCCCCGACCCUCCUCCCUUCCAUGUCAAAAUAUUCAAGAAAAACUAUCCCCGGUAAUGUAUAAAUCGUUCCAAUAUGAUCCAAACACGCAGCCUGACGUAGACGUAGAAUCCCAGAUAUGUCAGUAAAACUGAACGACUGCAGUUCAACACUGGAAGUCAAUGUGAUUGUCGAAGGUGGUGAUAAUGAAGGAGAAGACAGAAGAGAUGGCAGUGAAGUUGAUUUGGGGCUUAACGAGGUCAAGGUUGACAUGGCUGACAGGAACAGGAAUGAAGAGGAGGGUGUGAGGGAGGGGCUUCUUGUCAACCAAAGAGAUGAGGAGGAAGAAAGGGAGGAAGGAGGGGCGGAAGAGAAAGAAGGGGAGAAAAAGGAAGAAGAGUGUAUCAAUGGGGAUAGGACCUAUCAAGGAGGAGGCUCCACCUCUGACACAGACAGUGCAGAUGGAGAGGCUGACCAGAGAGCCCAAAACACAGUGGAGAAGCCACACCCUUGCUCUCAGUGCGGCAAGACCUUCGCCACGUUGGGCAGCUUGAAAAGACACAUGCAGACACACAGUGGAGAGAAACCCCACCAGUGCUCAAUCUGCGGGAAGUGUUUCUCACGCUCCGAUGACUUAAAGAGACACCUCACCAUCCAUACAGGUGAAAGGUUAAGCCACAUCUGCCACCAGUGUGGGAAGACAUUCACUGGUCUGGGAGGGCUCAAGAAACACCAGAUGACUCACACAGGAGAGAAGCCAUUCCAAUGCUCAGAAUGUGGUAAAGGUUUUACUGCACAGGGCAACCUCAAGAUCCACCAGCGCAUCCAUACAGGGGAGAAACCAUACCAGUGUUCCCUGUGCCAGAAGAGUUUCUCCCGUCUUGCCCACUACAAAGACCAUCAGCAGACACACCGGGAGGAGAAACCCUACCACUGCAACGACUGUGGGAAAAGCUUUUCUUACUACAAAUCACUCAAGUGCCACCAGAUGAUCCACAAAGGAGAGAACCUUCACCACUGCUCUGUGUGUGGUAAAGGGUUUGCCAUGCGUGGCAACCUGAAGACGCACCUGCAGACCCACACCAAGGAGAAACCGCACCAGUGCUCAGAAUGUGGGAAGCGGUUCUCCAGAGCCCACGACCUAAAGAAACACAAGCUUCUCCACAGUGGGCAGAAGACUUACCACAUCUGUGAGUGUGGCAAGGCUCUUUAUAAAAUAUCCUUCUGUUAUCAGAGCUUCACGGAGCUGGGCAACCUCCGGACACACCAGAGAACACACACAGGGGAGAAACCCUUCUGCUGCUCCUUCUGCGGACGCACCUUCCUGCGAGCCGGAGACCUAAAAAGCCACCAGAGAACACACACGGGGGAGAAACCCUUUGUCUGCGCCAUAUGCGGGACGAGCUUCGCCCAAUCUGGCAACUUGAAAGUGCAUCAGAUCACGCACACUAAAGAGAGGCCAUACCCUUGCACUGUCUGUGAUAAGGGGUUCACCACCCCAGGGAGCCUGAAACUGCACAUGAGGACCCACACAGGGGAGCGCCCGUUCCUGUGUAGUGUCUGUGGGAAGGGAUUCACAGCAUCAGGGCAGCUGAAGAGACAUCAGGAAUGUCACCUCAGAGAUACCAUCCAGUCAGCAGCUCCCAAUGAUGACGAGGCGGGGGUCACUUCAAAAUAGAGGUUUUUCCCAUAUGCAUCAAUAUCAGAGAAGAAUAUACGCUUUGGCAGCAUUUGAGGCAGAGAGAGACUGGUUAAUCUGCUUUUUGUGUCCUUGUGUCCGGGUAGUGCACCUCUGUGGUCUCUCUACCGACCGGAUGCUCCAGUAGUGCACCUCUGUGGUCUCUCUACUGACCGGAUGCUCCAGUAGUGCACCUCUGUGGUCUCUCUACCGACCGGAUGCUCCAGUAGUGCACCUCUGUGGUUUCUCUACCGACCAGAUGCUCCAGUAGUGCACCUCUGUGGUUUCUCUACCGACCGGAUGCCCCAGUAGUGCACCUCUGUGGUUUCUCUACCAACCGGAUGCUCCAGUAGUGCACCUCUGUGGUCUCUCCACCGACCGGAUGCUCCAGUUUCCAGGACUAGGAAAAGAGAGCUGUGACUUACGAUUCUGGAUUUUUACAAUGAGACACUCCAUCUUAACUUCUCCAGUACUGGAUGAACAGUUUUCAGUUAAACAGUGGAGAUGAUAACUUAUUUUACGCCUGCUAUGUUAGGCUACCAUUGGAGUCAUCUGAAACUGCUCUCAGUUCCUUGUGAUGACAUAAGAAAAUAAAAGUCCACUGAAUCUGUAAAAA